AUGUCCGAACAAAUUGGCGGUAAUGACGAAGAUUCCAGCUUUCCAUGUCGUUUUGGUCACCAAAUGGCCCUACUCACCCAGAAUGGGGAACAUGGCACCCAUAAAACAAUUCAAGAUGCCCCCCAUGACCCGCCCGACUAUGUCUCGCGGAGCCCUUCAAAUGAUAACGGGUGGCCAAUAAUGAUGGGCCCAAAAACAGCGGUAGCGUUAAAGGGGCAUUGGCCCGAGCCUCAGGAGAGUAAUGUAGGUACAGUCUGGAGACCGGACACGCCCGGCAUAAGGCCGAGAAACUAUGGUGGGCUUUUGGUGUUUCCAGAGAAGGCAGAAAUCACGGAUAUAUGGGUUGCUUUCACGGAGGGCGAUGGGUUGGAUAGAGUGGAGUACUUGUGGGGAUGGUAUUCGGGGGUUGGGGGAUUGUUCCCGAGGGAUUGCGUGGAAUUUACAGAUUGA